GGUGAUGGAACAAUUUGGGGCAGAAGGUAAUCGGAGACCUACUGUCACCAGUUUCGCACAUUCUCAUCGUCCAACCUCUGCAACCUCUUCUCCUCCUCUUAUAUGACCCCUUCCCCCCAUUCAACCUCUCACUAAUCCUUUCAUCCACAACUUUCUGCAAUUCACUUUCCAAGAAAUUCAAGGAUGGACUCCGAGGUCUUGGUUGCUCUUUCUCUCUCCAUGGUUGGUGGAUUAAGUACAUCUUUAGGUGCACUUUUUGUUAUUCUGAGCAAAGCUCCAAACUUGAAGAUGCUUGGACUGUUACAGGGUUUUGCUGCAGGUCUUAUGCUAAGCAUAUCUUUCUUUGAUUUGGCCCAUAACGCUAUAAAUUCCAUCGGCUUUCUAAAAGGCAAUCUUUGGUUCUUUGGAGGUGUCAUUUUCUUUGCCAUCAUUGCUAAUUUCAUUCCAGAGCCAUCUCUCGGUCCUACAGCAGACACGAAAAAUAAAAAGAAACAUGGGAAUGAGGGGGGAAAAGAUGUCAUGAAAAAGCAUCGUCGUCAAGUUUUAUUUAGUGGAAUCAUUACAGCAGUAGGCAUAAGCUUACACAAUUUUCCAGAAGGAAUGGCUGUUUUCCUUGGAUCACUCAAGGGUCUUCGUGUUGGCCUUAACUUGGCCUUAGCCAUUGCUUUGCACAAUAUCCCAGAGGGUGUUGCUGUUGCACUUCCUGUUUAUUUUGCAACACAAAGCAAAUGGCAAGCGUUUAAAUUGGCAACGGUUUCUGGCCUUGCUGAGCCCUUGGGUGUCAUUAUUGUAGCAUAUCUCUUCCCAAGUAGCCUAGAUCCAGAGAUUCUUGAGGGCUUGCUAGGAUCAGUGGGUGGAGUUAUGGCGUUUUUAACUCUUCACGAAAUGCUGCCAUUAGCAUUUGAUUAUGCUGGACAGAAACAAGCUGUCAAGGCCGUCUUCUUUGGAAUGGCCUUCAUGUCUGCAAGCUUAUAUUUUCUGGAGAUCAGCUUACCGGCAGACAUGGGGUUGUAGAUGCUAAUUCUUUCUAUAUUUGGCGAGUGUUUUAACCGCGAUUCCUUCGGGUCCCCUGGCAAGAAGGAUAAUGAAGGCAGGGUAACAAGUAGAGAAAAGGAAAAGGAACAAGAUGUACAUAUAAAUGGUAUGCUUAUUUGUAGUUUACAUCAAAUUUCAGGUUUAUUUGGAAAUUAUGUUGGCU